AUGGCGAUACAGUUUAUACUAUGUUUCAACAAGCAAGGUGUGGUGAGGCUGCUGCGGUGGUAUGAGAAGGUGCCUGCAGGCCACGAGCGGACGCAGGAUGUGAUAGCGCAGAUAUACAGGCUGAUCUCAUCUCGAGAUCACAGGCAUCAGAGCAACUUCGUUGAGUUCUCGGAGAGGACGAAGCUGGUGUACAAGCGGUAUGCGGGGCUGUACUUUGUCUUUGGUGUUGAUCUGAAGGACGAGGAGUCGAUAUACCUGUCGCACAUACACCUGUUUGUGGAAGUGCUGGAUGCUUUCUUCGGGAACGUGUGCGAGCUGGACAUUGUCUUCAACUUCUACAAGGCGUACAUGGUCAUGGACGAGAUGUUCCUCGGCGGCGAAGUCCAGGAGGUCUCCAAGGACGCGCUGUUCGAGAGGCUGAGUGCCCUCGAUAGACUGGAGUGA